AUGCCCCCCCAUCCUGAGGAAGCCGAACGCGACGGCCACGACGAGCAGCGACCCCUCCUGGCCGACGACACCACCCCCGUUGGUCAGCAGCAGCAGCAGCAGCAGCAGCAGCAGCCGCAGCAGCAGCAGCCACCUCCUCCCCUCGGGUACUCACGGCGGCGCCUGUUGCUGUCCGGCGUGCUCGUCCUCGUCGCCGCGAUCCAAGGCGCCGCGCUGGUGAACCCGGCGAUGAACGCGCUCGUCGAGGGCGCCGCCUGCCAGCAGCUGCACCCGGAGGUCAAGGGCCCGGACCGGUACCGCGACCGGGCGUGCAAGGCGGCGGACGUGCAGGACCGGCUGGCCAUGGUGAUGGGCUGGGAGUCGACGUGGGCGCUGGUGCCGGCGCUGGCGACGGCGAUCCCCUACGGGGUGUUCAUGGACAGGCGCGGGCCAAAGGUGAUGGCGACGCUGGUGUCGCUGGGGGGGUUGCUGGUCCAGGUGGGGGAGUUGACGACCACUCUUUAUCCAAACGUGUUCGACUUGCGUGGGAUCUGGGUCGCCUCGUUCCUGGGCAACCUUGUCGGCGGCGGGCCGCUGGGCUUCGAGGCGACGCAGUAUGCCGUCGCCAGCCUCAUCGCCACCGAAGCCAACCGGCAAGUCUCCAUACCGACCCACGGCCGGCAUCUUCUCUUACUAACACUCCCUCCACUGCUUGAUAGGACGCUCGUCUUCUUCUACUUGGCCUGCCUGGUCCAGCUCAACUUUGCCGUCAGCGGGCCCCUCGUCUACUGGGCCAUGAACGCCAGCCCCGUGGUCGCCCAGCUCCUCGGAAUGGCCCUGAUGACCCUGUCCCUGCUCCUGACGUUCACUCUGCCGAGCGGCCUGACGACGACCAAGCACGUGGCGAAGGCUGCCGUCGCGCCGGCAUCUGUCCGCCAGGCCUUUGCAAAGACGUGGAGGGCCAGCAAGCAGGCGGCCACCGAGUUCCUGCAGCUCUUUCGUCGAGACGCGCAGCUGGCCCUGCUGCUCGUCAGCCUCGUCUUCAGCACCAUCGGCGCACGGCAGUCCCUGAUCCGGCAGCAGUACGCCACCAACCGGUACGGCUGGACCUGGGCCGAGGCCGGCGCCAUCAUCUCCCUCGUCUCCCUCGUCAGCCUGCUCGUCCUCGCCGUGCUCGUGCCCGCCGCCAGCGCCUGGCUGCUCACCUUCAAGACGCCCCUCGGCAAGGACCUGUUUCUCGCGCGCUUGGGCAUCCUCGCGCUGCUCGUCGGCAGCCUCCUUGUGGGCCUGUCGCGGACCACGGCGCAAUUUGUCGCCGCGCAGGCCGUGUACGCCAUGGACGCGUGCUACCCGCCGGCCGUGACGAGCGUCGUCGCCUCCGUGGCCGCCGCCGGCGGGGGUGGACGGACGGGACUGGUGUACGUGACGGUGGUGUUCAUGCGCAUGGUCGGGUCGCUGGUGGCAGGGCCGCUGGUGUUUGGCGUGUUUCGCGUGGGGUUGCGGCUCGGAGGUGAUUGGAUCGGGCUUCCGUUCUUCUUUGAGGCGGCGCUGCAGGUGUUUACCGUGGCGGUGACGUUUUGGGUCCGGGAGCGGCGCGUCGGGUCCGAGACGGUGUCGGACGGGGAGGGGGCUGUAGGUGUGGCAGAGUACGGUAGACCAGACCAAGGCAAAUGUCUCUCAGCGUUUCGUGCAUACAAAACCAAGUACAACCAAGUUAAGCGCUGUCCUAAUGGUUUUCGCUCUGAAUUCUCAUUGGAAAUCAUCAUCAUCAUCAUCAUCAUCAUCAUCAUCAUCAUCAUCAUCAUCAUCAUCAUCAUCAUCAUCAUCAUCAUCAUCAUCAUCAUCAUCAUCAUCAUCAUCAUCAUCAUCAUCAUCAUCAUCAUCAUCAUCAUCAUCAUCAUCAUCAUCAUCAUCAUCAUCAUCAUCAUCAUCAUCAUCAUCAUCAUCAUCAUCAUCAUCAUCAUCAUCAUCAUCAUCAUCAUCAUCAUCAUCAUCAUCAUCAUCAUCAUCAUCAUCAUCAUCAUCAUCAUCAUCAUCAUCAUCAUCAUCAUCAUCAUCAUCAUCAUCAUCAUCAUCAUCAUCAUCAUCAUCAUCAUCAUCAUCAUCAUCAUCAUCAUCAUCAUCAUCAUCAUCAUCAUCAUCAUCAUCAUCAUCAUCAUCAUCAUCAUCAUCAUCAUCAUCAUCAUCAUCAUCAUCAUCAUCAUCAUCAUCAUCAUCAUCAUCAUCAUCAUCAUCAUCAUCAUCAUCAUCAUCAUCAUCAUCAUCAUCAUCAUCAUCAUCAUCAUCACCAUCGUCAUCAAACAACAACAACGGCUCAGCCUCAUCAUCACCAUCAUCAACUCAACACCAGCACUGUACGACCUGUCAUCAACCACCCCCAUGUACUUGACAAAGACCCUCGAAAUCGCUGCUCUCGCCUUCCUCGGCGUUCGUUGA